UGAGUCACAGCUCAAAACGAAAAAAAAAAAAGAGUAAGAUGAAUAAGAUGAGGAAUUUAACACGAGAUCUUCGUGUUUUAUCUCUUUGACAUUCUUAACGGUGAAUGAUUUUUACUCGUAACGCCUAUUCCUACCGUGAACGUAUUAUUAAUCUAUGGUAAUGCGAUUUAAUAAAUAUGCAACAUUACGUAGCCAGAGUUCGAGAAAAGCGUGAGAAUCAAGAACAGGAGUCAUGGUACACUGACUCAUGACUUCAACAACGACAUGAGAAAAGUCGAAGGAAGUUACUUUGUUACACCUUGUGUCUACAUCGCUCAAAGUUCAGAGAUAUGAUUUUCAUUUCCUUUUGUUUUUGUUUUCCAAGAAAAGAAAAAUUAUAUGAAAUAAAAAAGGAAGAACUGUUUUCUCUUUUUUCUUUUCUUUGAAAAUAAAUGUAUGUCAGAUACUACCUAUGCAAACGUACUAAUUGAGGGCAGUAAAAAAGAUAACCAUACGUUAAUCACUGAGUCAUCUAUACGAAGAAUUUUAAAAAUUCAAAAAUAUCAAAUUAUUAUUAUAUUCUAUAUAGAUAAUAAUACGUAUAAGACAAUCACUUAUGCUAUUAAUUCAAUCGAUGUUCGUACUCGUGUAAAAUGCACUUGACAAGUUCAUACAUAGUAAGCGAAGCCAUAAUAAUUAAGAUAGUCAAUGAGAUAAUCGUUAAAAAACAUCGCUCGGUAAAAGCGCAUUAAAUAAUCGUGUUAUUAUAUUCGAAGCAUAGGGAAUAUUUCAUUUUUUCUGUAAAUAGCAUCCUAAUAUUGAAACACGUAUUUCUGAUAAAAAUGAGAAUAUUUUUUUCACCAGUAAAAAAACAUCAACUUCCGGUGUUCUAUAUUUAUUUCAAAUACAUUUGUAAAAUUGAAACGAUUUGUGUAUUGCGAAACAUAUAUACUACUUGAAGUGACAUAAUAAUAUGGUCAAUAAUCCUAUCCUACCCUAUAGACAUUUUGUACCAAUUCAUUUUUUACCGUUGUCACGUUGGUAAUGAAGAUUUUAAACGCGCAUGCUGCGAGCGACAGAUAAAUCGAAUAUCCUUAUGCCUUUUAUUUAGUUGCUUUGGUACAUAAAUAAAUAGAUAGAAUUUUAGUUUAGAUAAAAAAUUUAUAUUGACAUUAUAUCGCGACUAGGUACGAAAAUUAUCCAUAAGAUAAUCAACGUUUUCGUUUCCAGGUACUUGUCACUCGGAACGGAAUGCGUAGAUGCGUUUCGAAUCGUAGGGAGAUUCCAGGACGCUAUUUAGAGCAAGCUCGAAAGUGUAGACGAUGUAUAUUUUAGCGCUGAACGGCGUAUAAUACCUUAACCUUAAUGGAAUGAGAAUGUCAUUAAUUUUUGUCGUUGAACAAAUUCUAACAAUGAUUCGCUACAUUGUACACUUAGAGAAUACUAUUUACUAUUAAAAAAGCUAAAUAUUUCCUUGCUGAUCAAUCGAUCGCUAUUAAAUUUAUUUUAAGUUAAUUUAUCGAUCAUUGUCAGCAACUCGAUACCGUUUGUUAAAAGAAAAUAAUAAUGACAAUAAACUUAGAACGCGCUAUAGUUUCGUAUGUUAAUUAUAGGAUGAAGUUGGAGAAAAGAGUAGCAAGACGUUCCUUACAUUAUUGGUCGAACGUUGACUCACCUUGAACCGAACAAUAGGUGAUCCCAAAGAAAUUCGGAGGAUUUACGUUCAGGUAGAGGAACUGAGAUCUUCGGUUUCAAAUAAUCAGUUACAACUGAGCGAACGAGUCAAUUACGAGCCGCUUGAACGCGGAAGGUAUAGAGCAGGGAGGAAAAAAGACAAAAUCCGAGGCAGAUGCACCUUCCUAACUGUCACCUAAGGUAAACACCUGUACACACCGAGCCAACGAUUUAGUAGAUGCGUAUGAAGAAAAAAAACCGUCACAAUAAAUAGUGUCUUUGUUGCGAUAGACGGGUGUAGCCGUCAAAACACGAUUGUUAAAUAAACAAUCGAAUUUGAAACGACAAACGAACCAUAAAACGAUCUCGUGACAACCGCGGUCGAACUAAACGAAAGCACGACUGAACCAUAACGCGAAAACGAUCAGCCGAGAGGAGCCACGGCAGAUGUUGAACAAUAUGAAAGGCUUUGAGUUAAUAGCACAAGGCGCAGAAGCUCGCGUGUACAAAGGUAUCUACUUAGGAAAACCAACGUUAAUUAAAGAAAGAUUUGAGAAGAAGUACAGGCAUGCCGAUUUAGAUAUUCGUCUUACUAAAGAUCGAAUAAAAGCUGAAUGUCGCGCUUUAGUCCGAGCUAAAGCUGCGGGAGUAGCAACGCCAGCUAUAUACUUAGUAAAUUUAGAACGACGAUCCAUUUACAUGGAAUAUAUAGAUAAUGCAGUGAUAUUAAAAGAUUUUAUUUAUAAAAAUAUAUCAAAGAAAUCGGAUGUUGAUAAUUUAUUAAAUUUCGUAACUCAAGGACUUGGAAUGGUUAUUGCUCAGUUACAUUCAAAAAAUAUCAUUCAUGGAGAUUUAACUACUUCAAAUGUACUUGUUAAAAAUGUUGAAGAUAUAAACAUUGAAAACUGUGAUGUUGUAAAUAAUUUCGUUAUGAUAGAUUUUGGAUUAGCUCGCGUGGAAUCAAGCGUGGAAGAUAAAGCAGUUGACUUGUAUGUUCUUGAACGAUCAUUGAAUAGCGCACACUCGGAAAUACCUGAGUUAUUUCCAAAAAUAUAUAAGACUUAUCAAAAGUAUUAUACAAAUAAAAAUCAAUGUAAAGAAGUUAUUUCUAAAUAUAACGAAGUGCAGGCCCGGGGACGGAAGCGACUAAUGAUUGGAUGACUCCAAUCUGUUUUAUACGAAUUUAUUGAACACAUUUCAUUAUUUAUGAUAAUUCAUCAAUGUAAAAGCCUGAAUAAAUAAAUUGUCUUACAUAAAACUGAUGAAGUAUUAUUUCAUAGCUUGUUUAGAAGCUUAAAUACUUCUUUUCUCUUCAUUAUUUUUAUUGUAUACUAAUUGUCUUAUACAUGUAACAACUUUCUUAUAAUUAAAAAUUUUUUAUAAACAAUUAUCAUUGAAACAUAACAGAAAGUUACAUUAACAUCUAGGAUCUACUUUGUACAUAAUUAUCUUAUAUUAGUUAAGAAAGUAGCUAUAGCUAUCAAUUUUUAAGCUUAGAACAUUUAAAUAGUGAAUAAAAUGUCAGGUAUAAAAAUUGUAUGAAUAAUAUAUAAAGUAUUAAACAUAACUAAAUAUUGAGCGAUAUGGUUAUUCAAAUUUUUAUUUAUAUUAAUUACCUGUAUAUGUAUACAAUUUGAUUUGGCAUUUGCAAUGUGUAUAUUUUUAUAGCAACAAUUUGUGGCACUUAUUGCAAAAAAUAAGAUGUUUCAGGUUUUAUGUACAUAAAAAACUUUUAAAUGUAUAAGUAUUUAAUUGGAUGAGGCAAAUUAUUGAGGUAAAUAUAUGACAUUUUACAAAUAAAAAGUUCUAUUGUACAUUUAUUAAGUGCUCUGAAAGAUGAAUGUCCAAAUAACUUAUAUGAAAUGUGAAAAUAUUUCCUAAAAUGUUUCAAAUAAAUUGCAUGAACAUGUGAAGCACUUGAUUCUUUUUAAAUAUUGUACAUGUUCUUUUCAGUCAAGUGACCACUGACAUGAUCAAUUAUUAAUCAAAAUGUAAUCCUGAAUAUAUAAUGAUCCAUGUAACC